GUUCAACAAAUAGAUUUUGAACAUUUUUGAAUUCCAUAAUAUCUAUAAUUCAAUCAUCUUUGCAAACGUAAUACUAAAUUAAUUAUUGAAGUAUCGAGAGUUAUUAGAUUGGACAUUAGUACCUACAUAUUCUAAAGAAUCAUGACAAGUUCAGAAAAUAAAUCACCAUCAAAGGACUCUAAAAAUACCCAAUUGACUAAUAAAGAAGCUAGAGAAGAAUACUUUGACAAACUGCGUUUAUGGUUGACUACUGUCAACAGUUAUCAGUUAUAUUACAAUAAAUUACAACAAGAAUCUUUACAAAAAUACUACAAUGAAGUUUUAAAAAAAGCUAAUGAAGUUCCUAAAGUUGUGCCUGAUGCUAUACCUGAAACACCAUCUGUUGAACUUAAUCAGUUUACGGGAAUGAAAUGCAAGAUACCGUCUUUAUGGAAGCGUUUUGGAGCUGAAUUUGUUGAUUUUGUCAUAUUAAGUUUUUUUAAAUUCUUAAUUGCUUACAUUCUACUAGGUUCAAUUCUUGAAGUUGAUUUAGCUAAAUUAAAUUUAGUGAUUAUACGAGAAGAUGUUGAUGCUGCAGCAGCAGAAAUAUCUUCAGAGUUAUUGCUUAUAGAAUUAACACAUCGAUCAAUGGUUUGUCUUUAUGAGGUAUGUUGUCUACAAGGAAAUACAAUAUAUCAAGGAAAAGCAACAAUUGGUAAAAUUCUAUUUAAUAUUACAGUUGUUCGAGCUGAUAAGCUAUUUUCGAUAAGAGGUCAGCCAGCAGAUGUCAUUGCUUUAAUUCCUGGUAGCAAUAUUGGUUGGAAACGAGCAAUAAUUCGUUCAUUCGUUAAAAAUUUAUUUUAUACAUUCUUGUUUCCACUACCUUUUAUUACAGCAGAAGCCAAUCAAAAUAGAUGUGCAUAUGAUGUUUUGUCUGGAGCGAUAGUUGUAGAAGCUAUAGAACCUUUUAAAUGUGAGCAAUCUGAAGUUAUUCUUAUACAAAACCAAGCCUGGGCAUAAAUGAGUUAAAAAAUUAAAGUU